AUGCCGCGCUGUUACCUUCUGAAAAAGAAGGCCGCGGCCUUGCAACUGAAAGGCCAGAGUCCAGAACUCGCCGAUUACAUUGUCGAAGAACCACCGUCCCCAUCCGAAGCAGAAGUCGCUCCUCAGAAUGCCAACGACUCGAACGAUGAGGAGAUCCAAGUCGACGAUUCCACGAGUCCCAUUGAGUUCACGCGGGCACGAUCGCCGUCGUCGCCGCGUUCUACUCACAGCCCCCGCAGCGACUCGCCUGCGCCGUCGAGCAGGACCUCACCUCCGGGCGGACUCUUGCCUCCCGUGUUCACACCGCUACAUUAUCCCCGUUUCACGAUCUUCAAUCCAGCGUUCGACAUACAUCCCAGCGCUCUCCGGAGGGACCCUCCCACCCCGUCUGCGUUCUCAUACCCGCCAUCUUUCCAGGAUAGCUACCAUGCGAUAGAUUUAUCUAGAAGUUCCGCGUUGAAUAAUCUCGCUAGUUUGAACAGUCUGAGCAACAGCCUCAGCAGCGGGUUGUCCGGUCUACGGAACGGACUGGACGCGAAACUGUUCGCCAGCAGCGGGAACGGUGCCCAUCUCGACCACCAUCUCGGACAUCACCGGCAUUUCCACUCUGAACACCAGAAUGGCUUGUCGCUGAGCGGCAACGCCGGCAGCGACAGCAAUCAUCACCACCACGGCCACGACCACCACCAUCAUAGCCAACAUCAUCAUCACCAUCACCACCACCACCAUCAGACUAACAACAACAACAACAAUAAUUUGAGCAACAACAACAACAACAACAGCAUGAAUAACAACAACAAUAUCGGGGAAGACGGCGACGACGACGACGAUAUCAUGUCCGACGACCAGAAGGAUGAGAAAAAGCCCAAACUGCCGGCCAUGUACAAGCCUUCGGUUACCGUCAGCUACACGUACGACGCGUUCUUCAUCUCGGACGGACGUUCGAGGGGCAAGAGCGAGAAACUCAAGUCGUGUAGCACCGACGCAAUUCUAGGAGCUGCGACUCCUCAGCAGAAAGAACAGAGCAAACAGAGGUAUACUUGUUCAGAAUGUGGAAAGCACUACGCCACGUCGUCGAAUCUGUCGCGACACAAACAAACCCAUCGGAGUCCCGACUCGCAAUUGGCCAAGAAGUGCCCUACAUGUGAUAAGGUAUACGUUUCGAUGCCGGCGCUGGCGAUGCACGUCCUCACCCAUAACCUGCAGCACAAGUGCGAGAUCUGCGGUAAGGCGUUCUCGCGGCCAUGGCUUCUCCAAGGCCACAUGCGAUCCCAUACGGGAGAGAAGCCAUUCGGAUGUGCUCAUUGCGGAAAAGCGUUCGCCGACCGUUCCAAUUUGCGGGCCCACAUGCAGACGCACUCCGGCUUCAAACACUUUCAGUGCCCGCGAUGCAAUAAGACGUUCGCCCUGAAGAGCUACCUCAAUAAGCACUAUGAGUCUUCCUGCUUUAAGGACUCAAACUCCGGUCCAUCGGUGCCCCAUUCGCCCGUGUCGUCUCCGUUGUCGGUUUCGAGCCUCAUAUCGCCACCUACAACGCCGUUACCUCUUAUGUUACCGCCUCAUCCGCUGAUCCCCUUACCGCCACCGCCGAGGACCGUUGAAUGA